AUGUUCAUCCAUGGCGGCCAGGAAGAGCAGUCAACAGAGUCGGUGCAGGUUGGGUUGUCGGCGCCGCCGGUGACGACACCGAUGCCAAAUGGGACAGCAGCGAGCAACUCUUCACCAUCGCCAUGCCUUACACCAGCAAGAUUAGUUACAGUGACUCCUCUUCAACCAGUAUCGCCGGCAACCAUGGUGACUCCGGAUAAGGAGAAAACGUACAUGCAUGAACCCUUGUUACCUGAAGCAAUGGUGCCAAACGAUGAGUUGCGUUUCAACAGUAGUGAUGAAGCUAAGGAGUUUUACUACAAAUAUGCGAGCAAAGCAGGAUUCGACGUUCGCAUAACCAAGAGCCAUAAAACUGUUAUUGAGUUGAACUGCAAUAAACAAGGGCAUUGGGAUUUCUACAAGCUCGGGGAGGAUAGAGUCAGAGAGAAAAUGUCAAUGAGGUGUGGAUGCAUGACAUUUGUGAAGGUUAAAUGGAACAUUAAGAAGGGGUAUUGGUUUUUUGAGAGGAUACUGUUGGAACACUCUCACCCCCUGCAUCCGUCACCAAGCUUAACACAAUACAUGAAGGCGCACAAGGAGAAGGACCCAACGAUCAUGGGGAUUGUUGAUCAGAUGCAGAGGUGUGAUGUACCCCUCAAUGCAACCAUUAAUGUGUUGUCAGACAUAUAUGGUGGUCGGCAAAACUUCACAUUCACAGAGAUGGACUUGAAAAAUUGGUUGUGUCGUUGGCACAUGCUGAAUAAGUAUCGAAACGAGCUGAAUAAACUAUACAAGUUGCAUGAGGGUCUCAAGAUAAAAUUGCUCACUGUGAUGAAUCACCCGCUUACACCUGUAGAGUUUGAGGCAGCAUGGAAUGCGUUGGUGGAUGAAUAUGGUAUACGUGAAGAUGAAGCUAUUCAGGGUCUUUGGCAGAAUAGGCACUUAUGGGUUGCGGCUUAUCUGAAACCCUUGUAUUGUGGGAGGAUGACUUCUACACAAAGAAGUGAAAGUGUGAAUAAGAUGCUCAAGAGUAGGCUUUUCACAUGUCAUAUGACAUGCAUAAGCAAAUUUGCACGCAAGAUGCUUGAGUUCAUUCAGCACACAAAUCACACGGCGGCAGGAGAAACACAUUGGUCACAGGCUGAUAAUUUCUGUGUGACCUUGCAACUCUUUGAUGGUCAUUUAAGCAGGGUGUACACAAGGGCUGGGUACAAAAAGUACAGGGAUACUUAUUUAUACAGUACCGCAUUUCGUAUUGAUCCUGAUGUGGACAACAUUGAUAGUUACCUGGUGACCCACACGAAUCAGUCUUGGAAAUAUGCAUGGUUUCAACAUUCUUUCAAAGUGGAGGCAAAUGUGAGAGAAGGGUUGUUCUGUGCUCAUCUUAUUAAAGCUUUCACAUACCCGCAAAUUGAAAAUAAACCUUCAGAAUAUAUAAAGAAGAGGUACACCAGGGAUCCUAGGAUGAUGGUAACUUGGGACAGGAAUGACAUUGUGAAUUUGGGAGAAGACUGUGAAUAUGAACGGUAUAAUACCAAGAAGCUAGUUGAAGUUGCAAUGAUGGCAGUAAGGGCACUCCGCAAAACAAAAAUUGGAGUUCAGAGAGGGUGUGAAGAUUUCAUGGCAUUAGCUGAGUGGGGUGAAUCCGUUGCUAGAGAUACUGGAGCAACAUUGAUUGGGGACAAUGGAAAUGAAGGAGUUGCGGCAAAUAUAGUAAGAGAAGAACAUCAAGCUCCUACAUUUGGGGAAGGAGAGGAAACUGAAACUGGUUUGGAUCCCCAGUCACCUCCAAAUAUAAACCAUGAACUGAUAUCAGAGUGUGCACCGAGGGAGGCAAUGACAAAGGGUAGGAAGCGCGGAGGGGAAAGGCCCGAAAGAGAUGAGACCUGUAACAAGAAGUCAGGGGGCACCCGCAUUUGUUCCCAUUGUGGAUUGAAGGGCCAUUAUAUUACAGGAUGUCCUACAAACCCAGAUAAUGCUCCGAAGAAAAGAGGAGGCAGUGGUAGUUUGCGUGGUAAAAUGGGACGGAAGAGAGGGAGGCCACCCACAAAAAGGCAAUUGGAGGAUGAGUUUGAUGAUGUCGCAUGA